GCCCGAGUAGGUAGCAGAGCCCGUCUGUUCUCUAGCUGUAGAUCAGUCGGUCACUGGAGCCCAUCGUGAACAGUUUCACCGUUCGUGCCGCGAACCCCGUGCUAUUGCUAUCUCUGUCCUCUCAUUUUUGUUGUUGUUAACAUUUCUGCUCCAAUCUGCUAUUCGUCCAGUACGGAAUUUGCUGGACGUGUUAAACUCCCAGCAAAAAAAAAAAAAGAAAUAGUUUUUUUGUUGUUGUUGUUGUAACGACGUCGACUUAAAAAUAUAAAAAACUAAAAAUUUUUUUUCUAGCACCAAAUUACACAAAAGACGAUCGUGUAUGUAGGCCAGACUUGCAUUGUUCGUUCCCUUUUGGGUUUCUCCCCCUUUUUUUUUGUGUUAGAAAUCAAAAAUUUUUUUUGAGUUGUCCCGAUUUCUAUCGAGCUGGUGCUACGUGCUCUUGUUUCCGCUCUCUAUCUCUUUUCUCCCGCCCCUUGUGCAUCGUCUGUGUGAGUGCGUGGUUUGCAAAACUCGAUCGGUCCCUUUGUCGUCGUCGUUCAACACAAUCCAGAAAACAGGUGAAGUCAUGAGAAGGCCGACUUAGUGAACGCGCAUCGUUAAUUGAUUAACAAGCGCCAUCGAAAUCAAAAGUGUGUUGAAUAAAUUACUCUCGACUUUUCGCGGCCGUUUCGUGCGGGAUCCAUCGCGGCCGUCAACUCGACUGGAAAUCGACAUCUACCAGUCUUCUUUUUUGACCUCCGCCCAUAUUUUUCGUGCACGUUCCAUCAUCGGUUCUUCGAUCUUUUGGGGCAAAGGUCCAUUCGACCUGACGGAAACAUCGAGCUGAGAUGAUAAUUUCCAAGGACCUGUUCAUCUUUGGAGAACAAGAUUACUUGAAGCUUCUCCGGGACAGCAGAAAACGAGAUAUGGGACGUCCCGUUACUAGCCACACGUUUGACUGUUGAGGGGGAUCUCCCGUUUGAGUUCAGCGGGACGAGGCGUAUUCGCCUCGGUGAAUUGUAGAGUCAUUCUGGUCUCAUUUGAUGACGAUGGCCAAUCGAUUGGGAGAAGUAAGCGAUUGUUCAUCACCCACUGAGAUGUGUCUCCUUCGAACUGAUGGGCCAACUGGCAAGACCCGUCCUAUGGACCUCCACUUUACCGGCCUGUCUGUCUCUGUGGGCAAGCGGGCAUUGCUCAACGAAGUGUCGGGUGUCGUCCAACCUGGUGAAAUUUUGGCCGUCAUGGGUCCAUCAGGGUCUGGUAAAACCACUUUGCUAAAUGCAAUCUCUGGCCGGCUACCGUUGGAGAGUGGCACCAUCCACCUAAACGGCGAGCUGCUGAACAAGAAGCUCCGACGCAAGAUUUGCUACGUCCUCCAGCACGACGUCUUCUUUCCAGACUUGACGCUCAAGCAGACACUAGUUUACACGGCUCUGCUGCGCUUGCCAGAAUCCAUGUCGUACAAUGACAAAAUGCAGCACGUCAAUCACAUCAUCGAGAUCCUGGACCUCCAGCGAUGCCAAGACACGAUUAUUGGGGACGGAUUAAGAAGAGGUCUGUCUGGCGGCGAAAAGAAACGUGCCAACAUUGCUUGUGAAUUGCUGACAAAUCCAGCGCUUCUUCUCCUCGACGAGCCUACGUCAGGAUUGGACUCUAGUACGGCGCACAGCCUGAUGACAACGUUAAAGAACUACGCCCGCCAGGAGAACAAAACUGUCGUGUUAACCGUUCACCAGCCUUCGUCGCAGAUCUUCUACAUGUUCGAUCGCCUCUUGCUUCUCUGCAACGGUCAGACGGCUUAUUUCGGUGAUACGAAAAAGGUCGUGGACUUUUUCAAACACAUCGGCCUUCCCAUCGAGCCACACUACAAUCCAGCCGAUUUUAUCCUGGAGCAAGUCAAAGGAACGGCCGAAACUCAGGGACGUAUCAUUACGGCGUACCGAGAAACGCGGAGCGAUCCCGAUCUUGCCGAGCAGUUGCUGAUGGCCGUUGGAGUAGGAGGAACUACGAGCACGAGUACUAUUUACGAGAACUACCUGGACGGCCUACACGCCUCCAAUCUCGACCCUGCGCAACCUCCUAGUCCCACAGCGGAUUACACCUGUCAAGGAAAUGAAUGGCAUUUAACUUCGCCUUCAUCGCCAACACGUUCGGUAGAACUCCGUCUCACCAUUGAAAAGGGCGUACCGUGCGUCUAUAAUAAAAUUACUAAAGAAGAGGAAGACAGUGGACGCUCAUCGUGGUCAGAUAAUCAAAGUCAUGCGUCUCACAGCACUCAGGCUAGUAGCGGGUGCCACAGCUCGCCGGCCGAGUUUCACUGGGACGAGUCAACAAAAUGGCCAACAUCUUUCUGGACGCAAUUCAAGGUCUUGUCGCGACGUAAUUUCACCGUGACUCGCCCUCGAAUGCUGUCACGACUCAACUGGAUUCAAACGCUCGGUCUGGGCCUCAUGUCCGGUCUUUUAUGGUUCCGAGUCGAUAGAAAAGAGGAAACACUUACUAAUAUCCAAGGAUGGAUGUUUUUCUCUACCACCUACUGGAUGCUUUUCGCCCUGUUUGGAGCCUUAUCUUCAUUUCCAUCUGAGCAAGAAGUCAUCAAGAAAGAACGCCAGUCGGGGGCCUAUCGACUGUCAGCGUAUUAUAUGGCCAAAAUGGUCGGCGAGUUGCCUCUUAUUAUAACGCUGCCGGCUGUCUAUCAUAUCAUUUCUUAUCCGAUGUUGGCGGUGGAUUUUUUUAGUCCCGGUACUUUUGUCAUUCAGCUGGGAUUCCUUUUACUUAACACAGUCGUGGCUCAAAGUGCUGGCUUGUUUAUCGGGGCAGCUUGUAUGGAUCUGGAGGUGUCGAUAACAAUCAGUGCGUUGUACACACUGGCCAGUCAGCUGUUUGGCGGGUUCUUGUCUACGUCCAUCCCGGCGUGGAUGGAAUGGAUGCGGUACUUUUCUCUCGUCCAUUAUGCGUUCCAGAACAUGCAGAUAGUUGAAUUCAAUCCGAAUUCGCCAGUUAGGUGCGCCGAGAAAAAUUCACGUUUUGAUGCCUGUGUCAACGGGGCAAACGAGAUACCUCCAGACGCUAUCCUAGCUGCUUCUGGUGGCACAGGGUUCCCUCUAUGGGCUAACACUCUUCUUCUCUUGUCUUUCUUAUUCGUUUUUCGAAUUUUGGGCUACAUGGUCUUGCGAUACUUUCGCAGACCAAGAUAAAAAAAAAUAGAGGAGGAUAAAUUCAGUAAUAGCUAGAACAGUUAAAAUAAGAGAGACACUAAUUAAAAAGUGCAAUCACAAUAUUCUAUGUAACCCUCUCCCACAUAAAGCACGAUAAAAAAACAACAAAAAAACAUAUAUAUAAAAAAAAAUUAUAGUGAUAAAAAACAAAAAAAAAAAAAAAAAAAAAAAACAAAAAACAAAAAAAAAAAAACUAAAUAUUUAAACCUUUAUUUUUCUAUUCCGGACGGUUGUUUGUCGUGUUGGUGACCAUUGAUACUGGACUCCUUUGCCAAGUUCGUCGUGCAAUUCCUUUUUGUCUGUAUGUCUCCCUCUGUUCGUUUGAUCCGCUCCCCCCGAUGCCAAGUGGUCAAUCCUGACGAAUCCAGUUGUAUCAUCGAAAAUCUGCACUUCUGCAUCCACACCAUAGUUUGUCAUUGGGAUAGGCAAAAGAACGUGUACAGGAAGAGUUGGUUUCUUUUGUGCGUGUGCCUGUGUUUGUGCAUAUGUUUGUGCGUAUGAUUGUUUGAAUUUGAUAAUUUAUGGUCCAGAAUUAUUGCCUCUUGACAGCGGCUCGCGGCGUUUCAGCAGCUGAAAAAAGAAAAAAAGAAAAAAAAAAUCGAAAGUAUGAAAAAAUCCGACAGCGGCAGUCUGGGAUCGCCGAGUUGCUCGGAACUGUGGUUUAUCCUCAAUUGCCAAAAUGAGAAUAUAAGGAAGAAACCAAUGUUAUAAAGAAAUCCCUCCUUAGAAAGUUUGUUUUCACUUCCUCUAAUCAGCCCUCCCCGCUUUCCUUCCGAUCACCUCCGCAUCACACGAUCCGUGAUCUGAGAUCGGCCAACGAAAGACAAUCAGAGUAUACAUAUAACGCCAGCACUCCUCACUUCGUGAAUAAUAAUGCCUCUUCAUCACUAUGUGUGCGAAUGUUUUUAAUUUUUGGAAGGGGGAGGUGGUCAAUUACCGAGCAACUCUUGAUACGCCACAGCAUUUCACUCGUAUACAGUGGAUUCUCCAUGUUUUCUUUCCUGUCUGGCGAAAAAAUUUGUUUACCAAAAUGAGCCAACAUAUUGAAUUCUAUUUUCACGCUCUUUUCCUCAUCUUUUUGUAUCUCGCGAGCUUCACCAUCGUUCAAAAGCAUAUUUUUUUUUUCUACAUCCAGUUACUGUCGGUGAGUGUCCUGUUCACACUCUUCUCCCUCUGGAGUGUUACAUUUCAGUAAUAACAAUCGGCUAGAUUCAACAGCUAACAUAAAGGAUAAAUUUACUGGCCUUGGGGAGGGUAGAGAGUGGGAAAGAAACAGCGGACAGCUCAUCCUAUAUGCUAAAAAUAUCAUGACCAAUCAAUAUGGCAUUACGUUGAAUUACCACACUUUUUUAGCCUUUCAUGUAAAACAGAGAUGGAUGAAUAUCUGGAAUCGAUUUGUUUAACCAUGGCGAUGAAUAGUGGCGCACAUCAUAAAUUGUUCGAACAUUAAUGAGUCCUCUCCUUUUCAGUCCAUCUAUCCAUUAGCCUUCCUCCUUAUUCCCCAUUUGUCUAUCCCGAUCUGAAACAAGGGGGCCCACGUUUCUGAGAGUGAUCUGUUCAUAUGUAUCAUCCCCCAUCGUACAUGCCUGUGAUAUAGCUUCUUCGGCUUAUUAUUAUUUUGUUUUCUUUUUCCUGUCAGUCUUUUCCCCAAGUUUGGCCGAUCCUGGAAAUAAUUGCGAAAAAAUGCAUGAUUACAAAUAAUUUUGUCUGAA